AUGGCGACAGACCUUGAAUUUCCGUUGAUUUUUCUCUUGCCUACGCACCUUGACGCUGAUCGGCUUCAUGAGCUCGAGGAGAAGAUCCCAAGCCUGACUUACGACAUACAAGAGGCUGAAGUGAUUCUCGGCAAUAUCUCGAAGAGGCAAAGAGCUUUGUUUGAGCUACGGCAGAGGAAACUACAGACAGUGCCAGUGGAGGCAGCCGCCGAGUCACAGCCUCCGAGUUCUUCGUGCAAGCGAAAGCGGGAUGAAGGCCGAAGCGACAGCUAUUCAUCUGCGUGUACCGAGGAUGGCCCCAGGAAUGGAUCAGCCGCUUGGCCAAUCCCGCAGACACUCCUGAAAUCUCUCGAAGCCGAUAUCGUUCGAGUAGUAAAGCUCAAUUGGCUUACUGAAUCCCUUGAUCAGGGCCGGGUCCUUCCGCUUCGUGACUUCGUCAUCUACGAGGGCCGUAAGUGUGGUGAAUCCAAUACCUUGGUAGCAGUGAAAGGCAGCGACAUACUAGCCCGUGCUGCCGCAGAUACGACGUCGCAGGACCAUCAGCAUGUGUUCCGUCGGUCGGAGGAAAACGCGUCGGCAUCAGCGAGUCAACGGACGACGAUGCCUUCGCUGCUGAGACAGACAACCUCAGAGCACGACUCGACUCUCACUCUGCCGCCGAUACCGGGUUUUCUGAGGACAACGUACGCAUGUCAGCGGGCAACGCCUGCUGAUCCUACAAAUGCAGCUUUCAUCGAAGAAUUGAAAGCGAUUCGGACAACGAGGAAACUCAUGGGUGAUCAGAUCGGCGUGAGAGCAUAUUCCACCUCGAUUGCGACAUUAUCCGCAUACCCAUACAAGAUCUCAAGCCCGCAAGGUUGGCGAGAUUUGGACGAUAUAGUAGAAUAUGGCUGGGACGACUUGUCACGCGUCCAGCAAAUCGGUGUCAAAUUCUAUGAGGAGCUUAAGCUCAAAAUCACCCGUGUCGAAGUCGAGUCCAUUGCCAACACAAUAUUAAAGCAUGCGCGCAAAUUCAGUCCUGGCUACCAGAUGGUCGUCGUUGGUGGGUACCGACGUGGGAAGCACAACAGCGGGGACGUGGAUGUGAUCAUUAGUCAUCCAGAUGAGUGUGCCACACUCAACUUCGUCGAGAAGCUUGUGGUGAGCCUUGAGAAGAGCGGGCAGAUAACCCACACCCUCACGUUGAGCAACAACAAUAGCGAGCGCGGCCAGCGACCACUCAGCUGGGACGGAAAUCAGGGAAGGGGGGUCGGCUUUGAUACACUGGACAAAGCACUCGUGGUUUGGCAGGAGCCGGAAAUGAGCGAUCGAGGCAGGUCCAGCAGCGUCGAUUCCGCCAGCCAGAGGCCACCGCAUCGAAGGGUAGACAUUAUUAUCAGCCCCUGGAAAACGGUUGGCUGUGCUGUUUUGGGAUGGAGCGGGGACACGACGUUCCAGCGGGAUCUACGCCGCUACUGCAAGAAGCAGAGGGACUUGAAGUUUGACAGCAGUGGUAUCCGCAGUCGCCUUGACGGUAGCUGGUUGGACCUGGAGGGGAAUGGAAAAGCCCCGGACAUGUUAACGGCGGAGAGGAGGGUGUUUGAGGGCCUGGGGCUGGACUGGGUGCGUCCGGAGGAUCGGUGCACGGGGUGA